ACUGUCCAUUGAUCAAUUGGCAGACGUGCAUCCCAGCUCCGACCCCUGCACAACCGGUUUUCCCAGCCAUUUUUGAUGCAGCCCUCAAAGAAUCCCCAGUCAAGAAAAGAAACAAAAAAACAGCCCAGCCAGUGACGCAAGCGCUCAAUGUAUGAUUGGUCUGUUUCGGAAUUGGCCGUUAUUCAGGGACAUGAUUUGCACGGCGAUGCGCUCAUGAACAUGGCCUUGAGCUUGUUCUGAAUCUCUGGCGUUUGUGCUCUUUUUAGCUUGGCUUGGUAGACUCUUCUGAAGCUCUGUGCGCGAAUCAUCCUUGGUUAUGCGCUGUCGAAGUUUGCAUCAUUGACAGACAGGGUCUCAGUACUAGUGAAGUAUUUAUUUCACUACACCACCCGCAAAGUCAACACGACUUCCCCGGUGUCUACCGGACAUUCCUUUGAAUUGUUGAUUUUCGUAUUUCUACAACUUGAAGACACUCCGCUUUCGCAGUAUCAUACGUCGUAACCAUGUUGUCGAGGUUCUUCGUCCUCUUGCCCCUGGUGCUGUCCAUGGUGGCCUUUAUCCUCUCAAUGCUCUGCCUUUUUGCUGGUCACAAGGAAGGGUUUAUGGAAGAAUACUCUGUUGCACGGCUCAACACUUCAAUGAUUGGCCAUAACGUUCUCGACACUGACAGCGACGCUUCUUCUAAUAACAACGAUGAAGAUGAUGGCUUCUUUGGCAAGGUCACCGACAAGUGGAACGAAGUUAAGGACGAUGUCAAGGGAAAGAUCAACGACAUCACUGGUGACGUUGCAGACAAGCUGGCCGAUACUAUUGGUAUUUCGGAGUGGUACUCCAUUCAUGUCAUGGCUACAUGUGAUGGACAGUACAAGCCCAAUGCUACGACUCCUGGUGCUGGAUAUAACGUCACAAACUGCACCAACUCUGCCCCCGAGAAACGCUUCAACCUCACCGAGAUGCUCGACAAGCAACUCGAAGUUGGACCUUUCCAGAUGAACCUUGCUGACAUUAACUGGCCCGAUGACAUCCAAGAUUCUAUCGAUCUUCUCAACACGGCUCUCCUGGUCACAUUCGUCUUCUACGUCCUCGCAGUGGGUUUCUCCGGCCUCGCCAUGAUUGCGAGCACCGGCGCAUUCUUCCUCUUCGCUCGACGCGGCGUCAACGCCGUCAACGUCAUUCUUUCGGGUCUCGCCGCACUUGUGCUCCUCAUCGCCAGCAUUCUCGUCACUGUGGCUGGCAAGAAGGGUGUAAACAAGAUAAACGACGUCGGCGAUGAUGUUGGACUGUCGGCGUCUGUUGGAAAUAAGUUCCUGGCGCUGACUUGGGCUGCUGCUGCUCUUAUGAUUAUCGCAGCUAUCUACUGGGUCAUGCACUUGUGUCUUAUGCGACGUGAGAGGAAGAGACAGUGGAAGCCACGAAAGGGGAGCUACUAGAUUUGAUGAGACAUGAUGACUAGACUGAUGAUUGGUUUUUGUUAACCAGAUUGGGCGCGACUAUGAUACCAAAGUGUUUUACUUUCCUUUUGCAGUUUCAGAAUGAUUCCCUUCUCGGACUUCUUUUUAUACAAACCACAAGAUUGGCAUAUCUAGGUAGUCAGAUAGUAAUGCGAUAGCUGGCCUAUCUAAUCUCUACGCGAGUGUGUAUGUUUCUGUCAUUCAAAUUGCCAUGUCCUUAAGCAGCAAAACAUCAGACCUUAACAUACAGUAUCGAA